AAGGUGUCUAGCAUCUCUAUGACAAGACCCACAUAAAGACGAGAUCAGUACUCUUAAAAAAAAUUAGAAAAAUAUAUAUAUACAGGUCCGGUCCUGGGCAUAGGCGGGCUAGGCGGGCUAGGCCUGUGCCUAGGGCCCACCCAGCCCAGGGGCCCAAAUUUUUUUUUUCUCUUUUAAAAUUAUACAUUUUUUUUACCGAUUUUGAAAAAUACUACAUUUUUUCUAACAUAAGGGCUCAAAUUUUUUUUUUUCCCUAUGACCCACUUUGUUUCAGGGCCGGCCCUGUAUAUAUAUUGAUUAGUUACAACAUAUAUUUAUAAUUAAAUGUGAUCAAUAUAAAUAUAAUAAUAACUUUGGCAUGCUAUCACAUAUGUUAUAAAGGUGAAGGAUUCAAACAUAUUUUAAUUUUGAUAUUUAGUUUACUUUUUUGCUUCACUUUGUUCUAAGUACGCCACUCAUGAUAUGUGGUAAAUUUUUUAUAUUAAAUUAUACCAAUAAUAAUAAUAAUUGGGCAUGUGAUAAAUUCCCAAGGCCGGAAGAUCCCCAAGAAAAAAGGGAAGUUGGACUCGUCAAAGCCAAUCAUUUCAAAAUAAGCCAUAAUAAGCAUCGAAGGUUGAGCUGCUCUUGUUAUUAUUGCCAUUGUUUAUAAUACUCUCUCUCUCUCUCUCAUAGUAAUAAUAUAAGGACUCCUCUUUCUAGACGUUUACCGUUUUUUCUUGUUAUCUGCUUCUAAUAAUUUCAUCAUGGUCAUCUUCUAGUUUGAUUGUCUGUCUGAUCCCUUUCAAAAAAGAAACAAAGAAACAAAAGCAAACUACACAGAACCAAAGACCAAGAUCCACUUUAUUAACAUUCUCAUCUCUUCUCUCUCUCUCUCUCUCUCUCCUAUAUAUAUAUAAUACCUGACUGACAGUACUCUCCAUAUCCCUAUCUUUCUUAUUCUUCUUAUUCUGUUUCAUUCAUUCCCUAAUCAUCAUUUGUAUUUGAUCCAAUGGAGAGUGUGGAGUUGAAGGUUGAGAUGGUUGGUAUACAUGAGAAGAGACUCAGGAAGUGCCUUUCCAAAUUAAAAGGAAUAGAGAAAGUAGAAGUGGACACAAAUAGUCAGAAGGUGGUAGUGACAGGGUACACACACAAGAACAAAGUAUUGAAAGCAGUGAGAAGAGGGGGUUUGAAAGCUGAUUUCUGGUCUGCCCAAAAUGAACUUCUUCAAGCUUAUGCUGGAGGUGGAGUUGCCUAUUCAACUUUCAGAUUCUCCACCUUUAAUUUCUUUUAAUUAUAUAUUUAUAUGUAUUAUUCCUUUUCUUCUUCUUCUUCUUUUCUUUUUUACAGAGGGACUUCAACAUAUGUAACAUGAUAAUUUUAUUUAAUUUAUACAAUGAGAGAGAGAGAAUGAACCCCCCCCAAAAAAAAGUGAAGAAUCCUAAGUUUUGGCUGAUAUUUUUCUAGCUUUCUUUUCUUUUACCUUCUUUUAAUCAUUUCUAUACAAUAAUCAUAGCGUAACAUAUAAUAGACUAAUAGGUAUAUAUAUAAAGUGCACCGUGUUUAGUAAUUUUUUAUAAGACACCAUAAUUGGUUAGCAAUAUUAUAUUAUGUUAUAUGAGACUCGAUACUUAAUUACACUAAAAAUAAUAUUACACCAAGAAUGAUACUAGACCUUUUAGCAUUUCUCAUAUUAGAGGUGUUCGCGGUGUGACUUGUGACCUAUUUUUCAAACCAAACAGCGUACGCAAUUUUUGUAAUUUCUCAAUUGCAAUUGCAACGCGAGAUCU